GGACCAAUUACCUCCUGGACCAAUUACCUCCGACACCGAGUCACGAGUACUAUUCGCAGUCCUUCGUUGAUGUACUCGUAUUGUCAGUUUACUCGCGCUCCACGACUCGCGAAUCCGGCACCUUUGUCACCAAAAGCGUACACAUUGUUCCCCAUCCGCAACCCCUCGGCGUAGACGUCUUAGUGGGCUUACUCGACCUAGUUCACUAAUGGCGUCCUUUGGACGAAUAGGUGGUUUGAAUCCCCGCGGGGACCCAGACGCGGGGCAAUGAAGCGGGCGCAAGUGAUCUGCUACCAAUAAUAAUAAGGCGAAGGGCCUCGCUGUAGAUGAGCAGCUCUUAAUGUUUUAUGUUAUACGCCUUCAUUCGUUAUUCACUUGAUAUUCACUCAAGGCUCUGAAAGUUAUACUCUGAAGACCUGCGUACUUACUCGUAGCAAUUCGGCAAGAUACCAUGGCGGUUGAAAACAACGGAAAUGGCGUUCAGAUCGAAGUCCCCAAGACGUGCAAGGCUGGUGUCGUAGUAGAUGAGGGUCCAAACUUUCGAGUAGAAGUAGAAGACGUGCCAGUGCCUGAGCCCGGGCCCAACGAUGUUCUGAUUAGAAUGAAUGCCACCGGUAUCUGUUAUUCAGACAUCCAUUACAUGCUGAUGGACCUCCCCUUACCACCCAUGUCCCACUUUGGCGUUCGAUCACCUGGCCACGAAGGCGCAGGUGUCGUUGUCAAACUUGGAUCGAACGUCACCAACUGGAAGGUUGGCGACCGCGCAGGCAUCAAGCCCGCGUACGACGCCUGUUUCAAUUGCGAGCUCUGCUGGACGGGAAAAGAGACCCAUUGCGAUGAGAGCCCCCAGAUUGGCCUCCAGUUCCCCGGUAGUUAUCAGCAGUAUAUCUUGAGUCCUGCUCGAUACACGCAAAGAAUCCCUGACGGGGUCGACGAUUUCACAGCUGGUCCUAUCAUGUGCAGUGGAAGCACAAUUUACGCGAGUAUCAAGGAAUCUGGACUGAAGCCAGGAGACUGGGCGGUCUUUCCCGGAGCAGGAGGUGGCGUUGGCCACAUGGGAGUUCAACUUGCGAAAGCCAUGGGUAUGCGUGUUGUUGGUAUCGACGGUGGUGAUGAGAAGAAGGAACUUUGCAUGAAGCUCGGUUGCGAUGCCUUUGUAGACUUCACAAAGGUAAAGGAUGUUGCAGAAGAAGUAGUGAAGAUCACCGACGGGAAGGGUGCGCAUGGCGUUUUUGUGACAGCUACAAGUGCCAGCGCAUACGCCUCUGCCCCUAUGAUGACGAGGAUUGGUGGGAAGGUCCUGUGCGUGGGUUUACCUCCUGCUGGCACUGCAGUUGCAGGCGCCGAUCCGCUUCUGUUUGUAGGUAAAAACCUACAUAUCAUCGGCACAAAGGUUGGAACGCUUCUCGAUACCCAACGUGCUCUUGAAUUCGCUGCACGAGGUCUAUUAAAACCUAUCUAUGAAGUUUUUCCUCUUGCCAAACUGCCGGAUGCUGUAGAGAAACUGCGUAGUGGCAAAGUUGCAGGAAGGCUGGUGGUCGAUUUCAAUUCAUGA